GAGUGAAAAGAAAAGAAAAAUGAGAGAAAAUCUGUUGUCCUUGCCCUCCUAUAAAUUCUCCCCUACUCUCACUCCCACUCAAAUCUGUUUCAUCUCACUCCAAACUCCGAAGCUACGACGGGCACCACCACCGCCGCCGCCGCCGCCGCCGCACAGCAGAGUCCAGAAAAAGGCAAUGGAGGUGGGAGGGUUAGAUUCUAAAGGGCGCCAAUUCAAGAACGCGGAGGAGAUGUGGCGUGAACAGACGGGUGAUCCCAGCAAGAAGUGCGAUUGGUACAAGCAUGGCGUGGGGUAUUGGGAAGGCGUGGAGGCAUCUGUCAAUGGCGUUCUUGGUGGGUAUGCCCAAGUCAAUGAGCCCGAUAUUGAGGGUAGCGAAGCUUUCCUCAAUACCCUCUUGUCUGAACGCUUCCCUAAUUCUGAUCACUUCGCUGCUCUUGAUUGUGGUUCUGGCAUUGGGAGAGUCACAAAAAAUCUUCUCAUAAGAUAUUUCAAUGAGGUUGAUCUUCUUGAGCCUGUAUCACAUUUCUUAGACACUGCCCGUGAAAAUUUGGGUCAUACAUCCUCAGAUACGCACAAAGCCACUAAUUUUUUUUGUAUGCCUCUUCAGGAAUUCACUCCAGAUGCUGGAAGAUAUGAUGUUAUAUGGGUGCAGUGGUGUAUUGGGCAUCUCACAGAUGAUGACUUUGUAUCAUUCUUCAGCAGAGCUAAGGCUGGCCUAAAACCUGGUGGAUUUUUUGUCCUGAAGGAGAACAUAGCCAGAACUGGAUUUGUGCUGGACAAUGAAGAUCGAAGCAUCACCAGGUCUGAUUCAUACUUUAGGGAGCUCUUUCAGAAGUGUGGGUUGCAUAUUUACCAAUCAAAGGAUCAAAAGGGAUUGCCUGAGGAACUAUUUGCUGUGAAGAUGUAUGCAUUAACUACUGAUUCACCAAAGAGGGUUCACAGGACCAGAUCUAAAGUAAAAGCAAAUAUGCCUAGAAUCAUUAAGUGAGGAAAUUUGUGGUGAACUUCCGAUUCCCAACCAGAUAGAGAUUUUAUGUGGACAAUGAGAGUGCUUGUCACUCUAUGAGGGCAUGGGUUGAAGACCUAGGAUGCAUGUGUAACUUAAAAUCAUGCAACUUUUUGGUGGUUGUGUUUGGACAAAAAAAUUAAUAUUUGCACAAGAAUGUAUCAGAAUGGGGAUUAUAAUCCCAUCAUGUAAAAUUCAAUUAGAUACUAAUUUUUUUGUUUUGAUAUUAUGUAAUCAAACUAUCUAUAUAUAUUUAUUUAUUUAUUAUAAAAAAAGGUAGUACCUUCGC